AUGGAAAAUGGACAGUGGAAACUACAUCUUCGCGUACUGGCAGUGGAGUCAUGGGCAGAAGAUAAACGUCGAAGGCGCAAGCCUAAGACUCCAGUACACGGAUGUAGGAGAGAAUUCACGUUCUUCGAGGCCAAUUGCUAUGAUGUUGACGUCUCGGUCGACGAAGAGAGGAAGCAACUGGAUUUGGAAAUGAGGUCCAGGCGUCGAGCUGAAGGGUCCGUUCUCGCUGCAUUCGCAAGAGUCCGGAAUGGGAGGGCCAUCGCCAAGGUCACGACGACUCUCGCGAAUGACACGGAUGAAAUCCUUUAGUGUGCGCUGGUGAAUUCCGACGUCAGCGCCACGCAUUCGAUCUGGCAGUUCUAGGGCUGGUGCUCGCCGUGAAGGAGUCCCAGCAGAGUCUCGCGAUCUCUUCUUUCAACAAGUCCACGGUCGGCAGCCAGACUUCGAGCUGAGGGCCGGGAGUUGCUUCUGUCCUGUGAUUCCAGGUUUCAUGCUUCUGAGAUCUUGUCCAUUCUUCCGUGAAGCACCAAGACAAGCUGGGAUGUAAGAACAAGAGCUGAGGGCUAUCACAGGAACUGAUGCUGAAGUUGCCCCCAACGAUGUGCACUGGGAUCCAAAUUUGCACUUUCACUUCACUCUCAUUUUCGAGAGUGAAGUGCAGAUGUGUAUAGAGAAAGUACUUCAGAAAACGUGACUGAAUGGUUUGUGAUUUUCUUCGCUCUCCAUCUCAGAGUGACGUGAAAUAAUAAUACCUAGUUAGAUGGCUAGACAAUGUCUCCACAAGUAAACUGGCGUUCUUGACAACCGCUGCUUCAGGUUUAUAUGCAACUCAGCAGAAGUCUCGGAUGCACGUGAGACACACUGUUGACUUCUAUUGGAUGAAUGCUCAAUUUCUGUCAAGGCAGUAUUUGAAGCGGACGAGGGAUGCUAUGGGUCAAUCCCAGGCUCCACACAACCUUUUAGUAUCAAGACAUUCCUCGUAAAACUACAAUUCUUGGCUCGUGGAUUCUACUGGCCCUAGACACCUUCUCGACGUUGAAAAGGUUCAAACUUGGCUUAUCCAUACAUUUUCAUCGCUGA